CCAAAGAGACACCCCUUCAUAAGGCAGCAUACACUGGCAAUGCAGAAUCAGUAAAAUGCUUGAUCAAUGCUGGAGCUAGGAUAAAUGCACAAGACGAAUUUGAUAUGACCCCACUUCACUUGGCCGUGAUGAAGGAUCAUACGGAUUGCAUCAUGUACCUUCUAGAAGCAAAUGCCUCUUUGGGGAUUACGGAAAUGUACGACUCUCUUCCCUUAGCAAUGUCUUAUGGGAGCAGCAUCAGCUCCCUGAAGGCAAUUGUUUCAACUGUAAGUAAAAGCUUCAAAGACAAUAGGCAACUUAGUGGAUUCUUGUUCACAGCUGUUCAAAAUAACGAACUGGACAAAGUGAAGCUGCUAUGUGAUAAUGGAGCUGAUGUGAAUUCAAACUUUGCUGAUGGAACUCUAUUGCAUGAAGCAGUUGAGAAGAGUGAUAUCGACAUGGUGAUGUGCUUGUGUGAGAAAGGAGCAAGGGUUGAUGCCAUUGAUUUUGAGGGGUAUUCUGUUGUUCACAGGGCAAUUAAGUCAGAAAUUGAACCCGUUGAAAAGGUGAUGUACCUACUUGAUGAGAGACAUGCACCUGUAAAUGUUCAAGAAGGAAGCCAUAAACGAACUGCCUUGUUUUCAGCAGUGUUAGCAGGAAAUGACGAAAUUGUGGAGAUUUUGGUAGAACGACAAUUCAACCAUAUGCAUACAGACUUCCAUGGCCAUUCAGUUCUCCACACACUUUGUUUUCAAGAGAAUUACAAUGGAUCUGUUUUCAAAGUGUUGUCAAAAUUUGAUAAUCAGUUUCUAAAUAUUCAGAAUGAUAACGGUGAGACUGCACUGCACAUACUUGCACGAAACAACGAUGCAUAUGGUAUGAAGCUGUUACUUGAGAGAGGUGCUGACCACUCCAUUCAAAACAAUGAAGGUAUGACUCCACUUCAUGUUGCUGCAUUGGAAAGUGUUGAUUGUCUACAGCUCCUGCUCCAUUUUAAGGCAGACCGUCACACCAAGGACUCCAAACGCCGUACCGUCCUCCACCACUCUGCGAAAGCAAGGAACACGAGUACCCUUACACUCCUUCUUAAAUCAAAAUCAGAUUUAGAUUUAGUAGAUGAAGACGGAUGGACAGCAGUUCAUUGGGCAGCGGAAUAUGGACGCAAAGACAACAUCAAACUUCUGUUAGAAAAUGGGGCUGAUCUGUAUACUCAAGACAAUCACGGGAGAACAGCCCUCCAUGUCGGAUGUGAAGGAAUAAAUAGCCAAACGGUGGAGUUAGUACUCCAAAAAAUGUCAAACGCAAAUAUACUUGAUGAAAGAAUGAGAUCGCCACUUCAUUUUGCUGCAAGAAGGGGAUGUGGCGACAAUGUAAAAUUAUUGCUCGACAAAGGGGCAAACCCUUUUGCAAAAGACUUGAAAGGUAGAAUUCCACUUCACCUUGCUGUAAAAACCAAGGAUAGUAUAUGUGUAAAGUUGCUGCUCUUUGCAAACUCGGAUGUGUGUGCAGUUGAUAAUAAUGGUGACACCCCUCUUCAUCUUGUAACAAAAAGGAGUUCCAGUUCCAGUAUUGAACUGCUGCUGGAGAACGGUGCCAAUUCAAACAUUCAGAAUAAGAACGGAAAUACGGCCCUUCAUCUUGCAGCAUAUAGGGGCAUUAACAAAUGUGUAAAUCUGCUUCUAGAAAACGGUUCAGAUUCAAGUGUACAAAACUUCCAAGGCCAAACACCAUUACACCUUGUUUCUGAAAAAGGAAAUCGUGAGUGUCUUCAACUGUUGUUACAUCAUGGAAAGUCUGAUGUGUGUGCAGUUGAUAAUAAUGGUGACACCCCUCUUCAUCUUGUAACAAAAAGGAGUUCCAGUUCCAGUAUUGAACUGCUGCUGGAGAACGGUGCCAAUUCAAACAUUCAGAAUAAGGACGGAAGUACGGCCCUUCAUCUUGCAGUAUACAGGGGUUUUAUCAAAUGUGUAAAGCUGCUUCUGGAAAACGGUUCAAAUCCAAGUGUACCAAACUACCUUGGACAAAGACCAUUACAAAUUGCUACCAAAAUGGGAAAGCGUAAGAUCGUUAAUCUCUUGUUACAGCAUGGCGCCAAUGCAUCUCCGUGUGAUACUUAAUGAGAAGUUAAUCAAAAGUUAAUUUAUAUUCAAGACGAGAAACAUGCACCUGUAAACGCAGUUGACAACCAUAGAUGAACCGUUUCCAGCUGUUUUGUCAAGAGAUUUGGGAUCAGUUAUUAGAACGACAUUACAAUGACAUUUGAAUCAUACAGUUGAAUAUGACACUGUAAACUCUGUAUUCCAUUUGUUAUUGUAGGAGCAUUUCUCUUUGAGAUGUAAUUGCAAGGUAGUUGGGCAGUGAUCAGUCGUCAGGAAGUAACUUCAUCACACUGGAUGAGCUUCCAAGUGAGGAUCGCUCAUCAUCCCUGAUUCCCUGCCUAGCCCAUCGCGGAAGCUUGUCCACUGUCUCCCAUUGGUGAAUACAUAUUAUUUUCAAUGACCUUUGCCAUCACUACUGUAUUUUGUGCAUCUGGUACUGUCCACUGCCAUCAUAUUAUAUAUUGCCAUUGAAUAUUGUACUACCACUCUAUUGUGUACUGCCAUUGUAAUUUCUGUGCAGCAUUUUGUAUU